CCAUUAUCACCAUCAUGCAGGUAUCCUGUCUUUUCUGAGAACCAUCUCUUUAGCGCUUUAGGAGACACCGUAGGCACGUAGUACUAGGCACUCUCGCGGGAAACUUCAGGUUGCGAGUAGAUAUUGGUAGCUGCGGUGGAUCCUUGCUAUGAUCCCUGUUUGAUUCAUUUGUCAGCUCUAGUUUCGGCAUUAGCUUCGAGCUCUGCUCAUAUUCAUGUUGCCUUUUGGAACGUGCACACCUAGUUAGAUCGGAAGAUUAUUAUACUAACCGAGACCUAAGCUUGAUAGAAACCUCAACCAUUCCACAACAGGAGCGUCGUUCUCAACCGAGCAGUAGGUCCUUGUCUCAAGUCUCGUAGGCAAAGCCGUAGUUAAGUUGAAGGGAGAUCGUAUAGUUGCUAGUUUCUCCGUUUUUUUUGCGUCGCAAGGACAGCAGGUGCCAUGGAUCCAUCUCGUAACUCCGUCCCUGAUUCGGCUUCCGACUUCCUGAACCGUGUUACAUCCUUUCGGACCACAGCGGCACCUGUAAACGCGGGAUCUCAGGAGAUCGGAGUGUUAUCUCAGGGAAAUCCAGCAGGGAAUCAGGCUCUACCGCCUGUGCGAAUCGUUCACGCCACGCAAGUACCCCUGACCGUACCAUCCCAGAGAAUCAGUCCUCUUACAACGGCAUCUGCAAGCCUACCGACUCUAAGGACCGGUCAGCCAGUGCUGAUGCAUCAAAACUUACCGUAUCAGUCGACCAAUCAGGCCACGCACGCGACAAUAGCAGGAUCGAUAAGGCAGAAUCUAUCAUCUCGAAGCCCCGUGGCUCAAGCGCAGAACCAGCAGAUUCCGGGAGCUCAGCUGAUCCUGGGAACAGGCUUGCAGCAGGGAGCACCGCAUAUGCAGGGAGUUACAGUGCAGCCAUCCUGGCAGCAGGACUGGCAGGAGAAUCUGCUGCAGCAGAGCCGUCAGCAGCAGAGCCAGCGGCAGCAGAACCAGCAGCAGCCAAGCCGACAGCAACAGGGCCAGCAGCAAAUCGGCCAGACGCAUGCCAACCAGCAGCUAAAUGGUCUGCAAUACCAGCAGCAGCAGCAGCAGCAGCAGCAGCAGAACUGGCUGCUGCAGCAGCAGCUACUGCAGCGUCAGCAGCAAAUGCUGUCCAAGCAGCAAGCACAGCCCCAGCAGCACCCCGUGCCCCAGCAACAGGCGCUGCCACAUCAGCAACAGCAUCGGAACCAGGUGCUACAGCAGCAGCAACAGCCGGGUCAACAGGUAGUGCAGCUCCAGCGGCAGGCGCAGCCCCAGCAGCAACAGCAACGGAAUCAGCUGCUACAGCAGCCGGGUCAACAGGUAGUGCAGCCGCAGCUGCAGGCGCAGCCCCAAGCCCAGCAGCAACAGCCGGGUCAACAGGUAGUGCAGUCCCUGCAGCAGGCGCAACCCCGGCAGCAACAGCAACGGAAUCAGCUGCUACAGCAGCCGGGUCAACAGGUAGUGCAGCCGCAGCUGCAGGCGCAGCCCCAAGCCCAGCAGCAACAGCCGGGUCAACAGGUAGUGCAGUCCCUGCAGCAGGCGCAACCCCGGCAGCAACAGCAACGGAAUCAGCUGCUACAGCAGCCGGGUCAACAGGUAGUGCAGCCCCAGCGGUUGGUACAAUCCCAGUCCCAACAGCAACGGAAUAGACCGUUGCAGCAGCAGGGGCUCCAACUGCCGGUUUUGAGCCCGCAGCAGCAGCAGCCGCAGCGGCAGCAGGCGGGUCAACAGCAGGUGCAGCCCCAGCAACAGGCACAGCUGGAGCAGUCGCGUUCCCGGCAACAGCAGCAGCAACAACCAAAGCAGCAGCAUCAGCAGCAUCCGCACCUGCAGCAGGCGCAGCUGGAACAGCUGCAGCCCUUGCGGCAGGCGCAGCCCCAGCAGUUAACGCAGCAGCGCCAUGUGCAGCAGCAACUUGCGAUGUCUCCAGCAAUCUCAGGCCUGCAGAGUAGGCAUACUCCACAACAGCAGCAGCAGCAGCCACUUCAGCAACUACACCAGCAGCAGCAGCAGCAGCAGCAAGAGCAGGAAAAGCAUCCUUGGUUUCGGCUGCCACCAGACCUUCAGCAAACACUGCUCAAGCAGCAUCUGCAGAGGCAGCAAGGAAAGCAAGGUGUCGCGUCCCUCGCCCCAUUACAAGCUCUCCAACCGCAACAGCCGCAGCAAGCACAGCAGCUUCAGCCUCCUGUGCAGCAGCACCAGCAGCAGCAGCAGCAGCAGUGGUGGAAGCAGCUACAGCAACCACAACCACAGUCACAGUCACAGUCACAGUUACUGUCACAGCCACAGUCACAGCAGCUGCAGCAGCACCAAGGGCGCAUUCAGGAACAAGAUGGUACCCUAUCUCAUCUGCAGCGUCUUCAGCAGCAGCAACAGAAGUACCAACGGCAGCAGCAGGCGCAGCAAGUUCACCACCAGCAGCAGCAGCAGCCACAGCAACAGCUGCAGCAGCUGAAACAGCAGCACUUGACUGUUCAGAGCAAUCAGCUUCAGCACCAGCAGCAGCAGUUGUUGCAACAGCAGAACAAUCUGCACCAACAACGUCUGUUGCUGCAGCAACCGCAGCCACAAUCACAACCGCAGCAGCACCAGCAGUUGUCACAGCCCCUGCAGCAGCAGCAGGAACACCUGCAGCAGCAGCAGCAGCAGCCUCAGAAACACUCGCUCCAAGACCAGCCGCUCCCGAGCCUAUGGCGAAGCAAGCGGAGAAAGACAGCACGUAAGGAGGACGAGGACGAGGAGAGGGACGAUGGUGCCGAUGCUGCAGACGCCUUCCCUGUCUCCCAGCCAAAGGUCCUGGAGCCCUUGCACUACCGAGCGCUCAGGUCCAUCCAUGAGUCCAUCCGCCAGGUGGAGAUGCUUUUUGGAGUGAAAGCCCUUAUGGUUACGGAGCGGAUGGAUGGGGCAGAGGGCAGGGAGAAUGGCGAGAACGUGGUGGCGAAAUGGGAGAAGGAGGAGAAGGAGGCGGAGUCUCGGAGGCGGAAAGCAGCAGCGCAGCAUGGGGACCUGCUGAGGAUGCAGCUGCAGGAGCUGAUCUCCUGGUGGGAGAAGAAGGUCGACGGGCGUCUGGGCCCGCGCGAACGCGACCCGUUCCAGGGGAAGGAGGAGGAGGAGAAGGCGGCGAAGGCAGAGCUGUUUGAAACGGUGCUGGGGGUGGUGCGGCUGCUGCCGGCCUUCCCGCCGGAUUGCCAGGGGAGUCUGGUGAAGAUGUGUGACGUGGGGGGUGAGGUGUGUGAGAGGACGGAUGUGGAGCUGUACUGGGUGGAGCGGGUGGUGGCGUAUAACCCGCCUGAGGUGCUCAAGAUGAUGCGCUCGGAGAAGGGGAUCAAGCAGCUGGAGGUGACAAUGUGUGAGAGGAAGGUGCGGUCGAGUGAGCAGGUGGUGGAGCAGAUGGUGAGGAACUCAGCAGCGCAGCUGAGGGAGGGAGGGGUGGAGACGGAGGCCUUCAUUCUCAGCCUCAAAUGCCCGCUUUCCCUCGCACGCAUCAAGGUGCCUGUUCGGGGCAAGAAGUGCUCCCACGAGAGCACGUUCGACCUGGCGUCUUACCUCCGGAUGAACCAGGGCCUGGCGAAGAACGUCAAGAGGGCGUGGCGCUGCCCCAUCUGCUACCAACAGCUGCUGUGGUCCGAGCUCUUCCUGGACGGUUUCAUGCAAAAGAUUCUCCAAGAAACAAGUGAAGAGGACGAGGAGGUGGAGGUGUUCCCCGAUGGCAGGUGGAGAAGGAUGGAGAGCGGUAACGGGGAUGAUGGCAGCUGUUCUGAGUCAGAUGAGGAGGAGAGAAUGAUUAUUGCUGCGCUGAAGAGGAGAGAGGCGGAGCAGAGGCGGAAGGAGGAGGAGGGAAAGCGGAAGGAGGAGGGGGAGGGGGGGAGGGGAGAGGGAUGCGAGGAGCGAAACCAGGUGGAGGAGGUCAAAGCUGGGGCCGAAUGUGGGCCCGAGGCUGAGGGCGAGGCCGGGGCCGAAGCUGGGGACUUAGCUGCGGACGUAACUAGUAACAUGAAUGGGGUUACAGCUAGUGUGCCUGGCAGGGACAUGGUUACACCUAGCUUUCCCCGCGAGGAUGGAGUAGAGGAGGUUGGGGCUAGCUCAGAGGGAGGGAGGAGGGAUGGAUUGGGAGAGGGGGGUUGCGCCAGGGGAAGAGGAACUGUUUUGGAUAAGGGGAAACGGAAGAGAGACGAGGAGAAAGGAGGGGAAGGAGGGAAAUGUGGAGGCAUGGGAGCAGAGGAGGAAGGAGCGGGGAGGGGAGGAGGGCAGGGACUGGCGGAUGGGUUUUCAAAGGAAGGGAGGGAUGGUGGCAGUGCGGCUGACUCUGCUGCUGCCAGUGGUGGGUCGGAGAGUGUUGAAACGAAACGGAAGGGUGGGAAGAAGAAAGUGCUGGUCCCGCGGACUGUGUAUGCGAUUUACAAGAGGCAUGAGGUGGAGCAGAUGCGACAGCGGAAGGAGCAGCAGCAGCAGCAGCAGGGGCAGCAGCAGCAGCAGCAGCUGGGGCAGCAACACCAGGAGCAGCACAGAGUGGCUAGAGGAGAAACAUCAGCUGGUGGGUCUGCUCUGAGAGUGGUUCUGUCAAGAGGGAGAGCAUCGGCCGAUGCAGCAGCAGUGUCUGGGAGUGUUGGGGAGGUGGAGAGUAGGAGGGUCACGCGAGGGGCUACAGGGAGGGGGAGGGGUGGGGGUGUGACUGUAAAGAAUGCUGGUGUGCCAGCAAAGAGCGCUGCUGGGGGAAGAAAGAGCGCUGCUGCUGUGAAGCCGGUGGAGCCAGAGGUGAUCGAGCUGCUGUCAGAUUCGGAUGAGGAGGAGGAGGAGGAGGAGGAGGAGGAGGAUGGUGGAGGCGCUGCUGGUGCUGGUGGCAGUGCUGGUGGUUGCAGCAACGGCACUGGUUGUGGUGUUGGUGCUGGUGUUGGUGCUGGUGCUGAUGUUGGUGCUGGUGCUGGUGCUGGGGGCAGUGACGGAAGGAACGCAGUGAGAAGCAACGGGGAUGAGUUGAAGGGGAGAGCCGGAGAGGGGGGAUCGCAAGGCGAACAGCCAAGGGUGGCUUUCAAACGGUUGAAGAAGCAAGUGUGCCACGGAAGCCAGGGUAUCGCAGAAGGAGGAAGGGGCUUGAAAGCGGUUUUGAGAGGGGAAACGGACGAAGGGAAGGAGGAGUGGAUGGAGUGGGGGGAUGGGGAAGCGGAGGAGAAGUGGGCUUCGAAGAGUCAAAUGGAAGAGGUGGAGGAGGUACAGAAGAGGAGGCGAGUGGGGGGAGGAGGAGUAGCAGGAGUUCUGCCAGGGGGGGCUGUGGGGGCUGCUUCAGGUGCUGCUUCAGGUGCUGCUUCAGGUGCUGCUUCAGGUGCUGCUUCAGGUGCUACUUCAGGUGUUGCUUCAGGUCGAGAGUUCGGUGUGGCUGCCUCACCUGAACUGCCGUCACCUAGUAUAAGAGGAAUCGCCAAGGUCAAAAUUAGAUGGCAUGUGUCAUCUCAUGUCGCACAAGCAGCAGUGGCAACGGCGCAAACAGCAACAGUGGCACCAGCAGCAGCAGCAGCAGGAAGAUCGGCCCCAAUACCACAACCGGCAAGUGCAGCAGCAGCAGCCCCAAUGCCACAAGCGGCAAGAGCAGCAGCAACUGCAGUGGCAGCAAGGGCAGCACCAGCGGCACAGGGAGCCAGAGUCCCACUACCACAAGCGGCAACAGCAGCAACACCAGCCGCACCAGCACCAGCAACAGGGGCGAGGCCAGCUGGCAUUAGCAAGGCGGUUCAAGCAACAACUGGCAUAGUCUUACCAGCCGGUGUCGCAGCAGCAGCAGCACCCGCAGCAGCAGCAGCAGCAGCAACCCCAGCAGCAGCAGCAGCAGCAGCAGCAGCACCAGCAGCAGCAGCAGCAGCAGCAGCACCCCCAGCACCCGCAGCAGCAGCAGCAGCACAUUGUGUUGCCGUGGCAGCACAUCCAGUCGCAAAUGUACCGUCAAUGACUGCACGAAUGCCAGCACCAACGGGCAGCAGAGCAGCAGGUUUUACAGCAGCAGCAGUAAAAACAACAUCAGCAGGAACAGGAACAACAGGCGGAGGGGGAGGAGGAUUCCCAAAGCUCCACAUCAUCCCUCCUCGUCACCCGUCCACAGCAAAGCCAGCCAAUACCUCCCACUUUAACUCUAACUCGCAUCCCACAAACAGGCAGUCCCUGCAUCCUGCUCCCACAGUGAACCCUGCCCCUCUCUUGCACCGAUCCUCGUCAAGUCACAGUCCCUCUUAUGCCAAGAAUGCCGCCAUAACUGCUCCACUUGUCACUCAUGCCAGUGCUCACUCCUCGUCACAGUCACGAGUCCCCUCUUUGUCUGUCCGCUGUGCCACUCCCUCGGUAGCCGCACUCUUACCUCCUGUUGGUUCUAGACCAGUCCUGCCUUCUGCCUCCUCUCUCAUCUCUGCUGCUUCUCAUGCCGCCCCUGCCGCGGCUGCUGCCUCUGCUCUUCCUGCUCUUCCUGCUCUUCCUGCUCUUCCUGCUCUUCCUGCUGUCUCUGCUGCCGUUGCUACCUCCACUGCCCCUGCAUCUGUCAGAUCCUUUGCUACAGUUCCCAUCACCCCCCCCUUACCAUGAAUCCUCAAACCACCUCACAAGUGCUUGUGCUUCGCAAGUGCUUGUACAUCGCUAGUGCUUGUACACCGCAAGUGCUUGUACAUCGCUAGUGCUUGUACACCGCAAGUGCUUGUGCUUCGCAAGUGCUUGUACACCGCAAGCGCUUGUACACCGCAAGCGCUUGUACACCGCAAGUGCUUGUUCUAACCACACGAGUGCCCGCCUCACAACAUGCACGGUUGACCGACCAUUUCUGCUCCUGCUGCUGCUGCUGCUGCUGCUGCUGCAGCUGCUGUAACUGCUGCUUCGGGGUUGGGUUUUUUUCUUGUCUUCCUGCUGACCCCGGGCCACCGCUUUCCUUUGGGCUCUGGACUAGCCCUACCUUAGCUUUAACCCCUGCCACAGUUGCUCUUCCUUGACUCACACUUGCCAUGGAUGGGAGUGAUCGAAUGUUUUCCUGAGAGUGUACAGUACAUUCCAGCCUGUAGAAUGCCGAGCGUGUUACACACCAUACAUCUGCCAGUGAUUG